CAAACACACUCUACAAUCAACUUACAACUAUAGUACCCACCAUCCCUUUUCAGUUAUGAGGAUCUCCAAAACGUCACUGGCAUAUGGGCUAGCUCUCAGUUUGUCGAGCGUGUGUGGUAGAGCGGUGGAAUUAGGCUGCAUAGAAUUAGAAUACAGUCUCUAUAUAGGCGGUGAGACUUGUGGCCCACACGACUUGUGGCUGAAGUUUGCCGUAGAGCCCACUGGUUCGUGUGUACCUGUGCCCUCGACUGAAGUGAUCCAGGAAGGCUUCUACGCACGAGUCAACGCAGACGGGAGCAAUGAAGGAUUUGAUACAGAGCUGCAUCAGAGUGAGGACUGCUCAGGGGAGGCCUUCAUGAUUAUUCCCUACGACUAUAGAGCUGGAGACUGUGCUAGAGUAGACUCUGAAAUAGGAAUGAUACACGUGGAGAGCAGUUGCACACAACUGGCCACCGGUUACGAUGGAAACGGUAAUCUUGACGAGAAAAUAGAGGAAGGAGCAGCAGAUAUUGUACUUGCCACCGACCCGAAAAUCAAAUGCUGCGCUUGCCCCGAGGAGGAAGAAGACGAAAAUGAGCCCCUCGAACCGUUAUUCACACACAUGAACAGACGCCAAGAAACCAACAACGAGGUAGCUUUGAAUGCAGAAGAGAAUGGCGCCAACAAUGGUGGUGUCAGUGCGGGCGAAGAUGUAUCGGAAACCCCUGUCAAGCUCAACAAAGAUGGGCUCGAGGUCCCUGAUUGCUGUGUGUGCAGAGUGUAG